AUGGCGCUAUUCGGUACUUCAGACGCCCUGAUGUGCAGGGCGUUCCCCACGACCCUGCGAGGACCAGCCCGCGCGUGGUACAGCGACCUGAAGCCAGGGACCAUCGCCUCCUUUGACCAGCUCGCCAAAGAUUUUGAGCUUAACUUCCUGGCGUACGCCCGGCCGAAGCCGUCCAUGGCGUUGCUCUUGGGGCUCAACCAGAAGGAGGACGAGCCCCUUUCUCACUUUGUGAACCGAUUUACGACGCAAAUCCGUGGAUUGUCGGAUGCUCACCCCUCUCUCUUGAUGCAGGCCUUUAUGACUGGCCUGCGGCCCUCCAGGUUCUUCUGGUCGCUCGUGGAGAAGCCCCCUGUCCCGGUCCCCGAGAUGCUCCAACGGGCCAGUCAGUUCAUCGCCGUGGAAACCUGGAUGGUCGGAAAGCGGGAGGAGCACAGAAAGGUCAAGUCGGAGCCGCCCCGACAGCAACAACCUACCGCCUCCCGGCGAAAGUUGGACAGGCCUGACCCGAGGCCUCCUCUUCCCGCCUUGAAUUCUUCCCGGACUGAGAUAUUCUUACACGAAAGGGGGAAGGGGCUGCUCAAGGACCCUCACCCGAUGAAGAACCCGCGGGAGCUCGCAGACCGUUCAAAAGGCCAUCUCGGCCAGUACCUCCGGCCGAACAAGGAGCAGUCUCCCCGCCCAGAGGGCCCCGUCGAGCGACACAUCGAUGUCAUAGCCGGGGGCCCUGCAUCCGGAGGAAGUUUAAUGUCAGGCAGGAAGGCGUACGCCCGGGCCUCUCCCGACGAAGCCUCGGGGCACGAACCCGAGCCCGAGAUCACCUUCCCAACCGGAGCUGCUGAGCGACCCGACCACGACGACGCCUUGGUGGUGUCGGCCAGGGUAGCCAACGUGCAAAUGAGGAGAAUCAUGGUCGACACGGGGAGCUCGGCCGACAUACUCUACUUGGGCGCCUUCCAGAAGCUGGGCCUAGCCAGGGAAAAUUUAAGCCCGAUGUGCUCGGCGCUCACCGGCUUCACGGGGGAUUCAAUAUCGCCCCUGGGAGCCAUUACCCUGCCUCUGACUCUGGGGACCCCGCCGAAAUCAAAGACCGUGAUGACCACUUUCCUGGUGGUCGACCUUCCCACCGCUUAUAAUGCCAUACUCGGUCGGCCAACCCUCAACAAGGUCAGAGCCGUCGUCUCGACCUACUACCGGACCGUCAAAUUCCCGACCCAUGAGGGGGUCGGGAAAGUCGUCGGAAGCCCUCAAGAGUCCAGGCGCUGCUACCUUACCUCCGUCUCAUUGGGCAAAAGAGCCAGGGGAGGGGCGCCCCUAGAAGAUCCCCGGGAAGCAAAGAAGCCGACCCCUCAUCCUGAGCCGAGGGGGUCCACCGUUGAGGUCCUUUUGCGGGAAGCACGGCCGGAUCAGACGGUCAAGGUCGGAUCAGAGCUGCCCGAGCGGGAACGAGAGCAGCUCGUCGGUCUUCUGCGGGAAAAUGCCGACAUCUUCGCUUAG